AUGGCAUUAGAUUCAUUAGACUUGUACGUGGUCAUCAUCUUGACCUUAUCCGUGGCUGCUUAUUUUGCCAAAGGGUACUUUUUUGACAAACCAGAAUCCACCGGUUUCCUCAAUGCCGAUGGUGGUGCUGGCGGUGUUGGCGGUAUAAAUUCAAGGAACAUUUUGGAAGUGUUGGCCAAAAACAACAAAAAUGCUUUAUUGUUGUUUGGUUCUCAAACAGGUACUGCUGAAGAUUAUUGUAACAAGAUGUCCAAAGAAUUGAGCUCCCGUUUUGGCUUGCACACCAUGGUUGCUGAUUUUGCUGAUUACGACUGGGAGAAAUUUGAGGAAAUCAAAGAAGAAACAUUGGUUUUCUUCCUUAUGGCCACUUAUGGUGAAGGUGAACCCACUGAUAAUGCUAUUGAAUUUAUGGAAUACUUGGAAAACGAGGCAGAUACAUUGAGUUCAUUGAGAUUUACCGUAUUUGGAUUGGGUAACUCUACUUAUGAAUUUUACAAUGCCAUUGGUAGAAAAUUAAACACAACAUUGGAGGAAAAAGGUGCCGAGAGAUUUGCCGAGUAUGGUGAAGGUGAUGAUGGUUUGGGAACUUUGGAUGAAGAUUUCCUUAGUUGGAAAGAUAAUGUGUUUGACUCUUUGAGAAAUAACUUGAGUUUGGAAGAGAAGGAGUUGAAAUACGAGCCAAGUGUUAAAGUUAUCGAAAGAGACGACUUGACAAAGGACGAUAAUUCCGUUAGUUUGGGAGAACCAAACAAGAAACACAUUGCUGGAGACGUUGACUUGACCAAAGGACCAUUUGACCACACUCACCCAUACAUUGCCCAAAUUACUGCGACUAAAGAAUUGUUCAACACCAAGGAGAGAUCCUGUGUCCAUGUUGAAUUUGACCUUAGUGACUCGAACUUGAAAUAUACAACCGGUGACCAUUUGGCUGUUUGGCCACAGAAUAGUAAUGAGAAUAUUGAGAAAUUUCUCAAGGCAUUUGGCUUGGAGGACAAACGCGAUGAUGUUUAUGCGUUGAAAGCAAUUGAUUCAACUUAUCAAAUUCCCUUCCCAACACCAAUCACUUAUGAAGCCACAAUUAGACACCAUUUGGAAAUUAGUGGUCCUAUCUCGAGACAGUUUUUCCUUUCAGUUGCUGGAUUUGCACCAGAUGAAGAAACAAAGACCAAGUUGACCUCGUUGGCCACCGAUAAGUCCAAGUUUGCCGAAGCGGUUACGCAAAAGAAGUACAACAUUGCUGAUGCCUUGCUUGCUGUUUCUGGUGGUAAACCAUGGAAAAAUGUUCCAUUUGAGUUUUUGAUUGAAAAUGUUCAACAUUUGCAACCACGUUACUAUUCGAUUUCGUCGUCGUCAUUGAGUGAAAAGAGCAAGAUUGAUAUUACUGCUGUUGUGGAAGUUGAGCAAGAGUCUGAUGGCAGAGUUGUUUCUGGUGUGGUUACCAACUUGUUGAAGAAUAUUGAGUUGAAGCAGCACAAGUCUCAGCAACAACCUAUUGUCACUUAUGAUCUCGAUGGGCCAAGAGGCAAGUUUUCCAAUUUUAAGUUACCAGUGCAUGUUAGACGCUCUACAUUUAAGCUCCCAUCGUCAACAAAGACACCUAUUAUUUUGGUUGGUCCGGGAACUGGUGUGGCGCCAUUGCGUGGGUUUGUUAGGGAGCGCGUGCAGCAAGUCAAGAAUGGAAUGAAUGUUGGGCCCUCACUUUUGUUUUAUGGUUGUCGAAAUGAAAACGAAGAUUACUUGUACAAGGAUGAGUGGAAGGAAUAUGCCAAGACCCUUGGUUCCAACUUUGAAAUCAUUACUGCGUUCUCCAGACAAGAUCCAGCAAAGAAGGUUUAUGUGCAACACAAGUUGUUGGAGCAAGCAAAGAGGAUCAAUGAGUUAUUGGUUGAAGGUGCCAUUAUCUACGUGUGUGGUGAUGCGUCGCAUAUGGCUAGAGAUGUGCAAGCUAGUUUUGCCAAGGUGAUUGCGCAAGAGAGAGGAAUUGAUGUUGAAAAGGCUGCAGAGUUGAUUAGAAGUUUGAAGGUGCAGAAUAGGUACCAGGAAGAUGUUUGGUAG